AUGAGUUUGAUUAAACUUUCGAACUCGAUAAUAAAUCAUCAACUACCUAGAGUAGUCACACCAGUUUCUAUUUUAUCCUCAUCACUUGUAUAUAAACAAUUUUCAAAAUUUCAUACCACUACAAAUUUAAAAUUUAAACCAACAAGAUAUAGUUAUGGUAAGAUUACAAAGUCAGUAUUAUUAUCUCAAGCUAAUAAUAAACUAUCUCGAUUUUUCAUUCAUUUAAAAUGGCCUUUUAUAAGAAAUUCCAAAUUAUCACCGUUGGAAUUAAUUUCACCAUUUAUAUCAUCAUUCAUAUUAGGAAAUUUAAUUUGGAUUAUUUUAGGUACUACUACUUUCAUGCUAAGUUUGAUAUAUUUUAUUUAUUAUUUUGAUUCAUUAUUUAGUCAUGAAUCAAAAAUUUUAGGUCCUCUUACGAAUAAUAUUUUAAGUUAUGGACUUGGAUUAAACUUAAAAUUUGAAACAAAUAAUUAUUUACCAGAAUUUAAAGAUGGUAAAAUUAGAUUUAAAAAUUUAAUAGUUACAAAUAAAGAAAAUGAAGAUUUUAUAUUUAAAGGUAAAAUUGAGGCUUUAGAAAUGACAUUAAGUUUUAAUAAAUGGUACGAAGGUAAUGGUUUAAUAUAUAACCUCGAAGUUUAUGGAUUACAUGGUGAAUUAACAAGAGAAACAAUUACUUCGAAAAAUUCAUUUAUUGAUAAAAAUUAUUUAUUUGAUCAUGUUAAAAUCUUUGAUUCAGUUAUUGAAAUUAAUGAUGAGAAUGUAACAUUAAAUAUAUUUAAUUGUGAUUUACCAAAAUUAAGAGGUGAUAAAAUUUUAGUCGAUAUUUUCAAUGCAAACAAUAUCAGUGGUGCUAUAAAUAAUAGUAUGUUUACAAUUCAUAAAAGACAAAAUUUUAAUGAUGAUAAUAAAGUUAUACGAUUUAAAUUAGAUUCAAUAGAUUUAGCAAAUUUCAACACAAAGUCGUUUAAUUGGUUAGUACAAGGCAAAGCUGAAAUAAUAGCUGAUAUUAAAUUACCAAAAGAAGAAAAUUUGAUAACUGAAUCAAUGGGAGAAAUUAUCAAGAAUAAUUUAUUUUAUAAACAUAAAGUGGAACAAGAAGAUGAAUCAUUAUUAAAAGAUGCAGUUAAUGCAAUUUAUUACACUUUUAAAAAAGAAAAACAACAAAUGAAACCAACAAUGGCUUAUGCAAUAAUAAAUUUUAAAAUUAAAUUAAAAGAUUUAAAAGCAAGUUUACCUAAAAAUCUUCCAUUAUCUCAAAAUAAUCAACCAUUCAUUUCAUUAACUGAUUUAAGAUCAUUAAUACAAUUUAUAAAUCAAAAUGAAAAUCAAUUAAUUGUAAAAUCACAAGUAAUUGAAAAAUUAACAGAUUUAUAUAAUAUUGAAUCAUUAUCAAAUUUGAAAAUAUUUGAUAGUUUAAUUUAUGAUAUUUAUGAAGAAUUUAAAUUAUUAGUUAAAGAUGAUGAAAAAAGGAUAUAUAAUGAAAAAUCAUGGGCUCAAAGUAUUGCUACACAAUUAUUAGUCAUUGGAUUAGGUGCAAUGGUAUAA